UCCUCGCUGAGUUGCGCGUCCCGCGGCCCCAGCCCCGCGCGUCGGCCGAGCCCAGCGGGACCCCUCGCGACCUGCGCGUCCUGGCCCCGCGCUGAGCCGGCGGCGAUGUGGGGACCCCGGGCGCGGGGCCCCGGCCGGGGGCUGCUGCUGGCGCUGGUGCUGGGCGGGCUGUUGCGGACCGGGGGCGUCGAGGUGGAGCCCGGGGGCGCGCACGGCGAGAGCGAAGGCUUCCAGGUGGUCACCUUCGAGUGGGCGCACGUCCAGGACCCCUACGUCAUCGCGCUCUGGAUCCUCGUGGCCAGCCUGGCUAAGAUCGGGUUCCACCUGUCCCACAAGGUCACCAGUGUGGUUCCCGAGAGCGCCCUGCUCAUUGUGCUGGGCCUGGUGCUGGGCGGCAUCGUCUGGGCAGCUGACCACAUCGCGUCCUUCACGCUGACGCCCACCGUCUUCUUCUUCUACCUGCUGCCCCCCAUCGUGCUGGACGCCGGCUACUUCAUGCCUAACCGGCUCUUCUUCGGCAACCUGGGCACCAUCCUGCUGUACGCAGUCGUGGGCACCGUGUGGAACGCGGCCACCACCGGCCUGUCACUCUACGGCGUCUUCCUCAGCGGGCUCAUGGGUGACCUGCAGAUCGGGCUGCUGGACUUCCUCCUGUUCGGCAGCCUCAUUGCCGCCGUGGACCCGGUGGCCGUCCUGGCCGUGUUUGAGGAGGUGCAUGUCAACGAGGUCCUGUUCAUCAUCGUCUUUGGGGAGUCCCUGCUGAACGACGCAGUCACCGUGGUCCUGUACAACGUGUUUGAAUCCUUUGUGUCGCUGGGGGGUGACAACGUGACCGGCGUGGACUGUGUGAAAGGCAUAGUGUCCUUCUUCGUGGUGAGCCUGGGGGGCACGCUGGUGGGGGUGAUCUUCGCCUUCCUGCUGUCACUGGUGACGCGCUUCACCAAGCACGUGCGCAUCAUCGAGCCCGGCUUCGUGUUCGUCAUCUCCUACCUGUCCUACCUGACGUCUGAGAUGCUGUCGCUGUCGGCCAUCCUGGCGAUCACCUUCUGCGGCAUCUGCUGUCAGAAGUAUGUGAAGGCCAACAUCUCGGAGCAGUCGGCCACGACCGUGCGCUACACCAUGAAGAUGCUGGCCAGCGGCGCCGAGACCAUCAUCUUCAUGUUCCUGGGCAUCUCGGCCGUGAACCCGUUCAUCUGGACCUGGAACACGGCCUUUGUGCUCCUGACACUGGUCUUCAUCUCCGUGUACCGGGCCAUCGGUGUGGUCCUGCAGACGUGGCUCCUGAACCGCUACCGCAUGGUGCAGCUGGAGCCCAUCGACCAGGUGGUCCUGUCCUACGGGGGCCUGCGUGGGGCCGUGGCCUUUGCCCUAGUGGUGCUUCUGGACGGAGAGAAGGUCAAGGAGAAGAACCUGUUCGUCAGCACCACCAUCAUCGUGGUCUUCUUCACCGUCAUCUUCCAGGGCCUGACCAUCAAGCCCCUGGUGCAGUGGCUGAAGGUGAAGAGGAGUGAGCACCGUGAACCCCGACUCAAUGAGAAGCUGCACGGCCGCGCUUUCGACCACAUCCUCUCAGCCAUCGAGGACAUAUCUGGACAGAUCGGGCACAAUUAUCUCAGAGACAAGUGGUCCCACUUCGACAGGAAGUUCCUCAGCCGGGUCCUCAUGAGACGGUCGGCCCAGAAGUCUCGAGACCGGAUCCUGAAUGUCUUCCACGAGCUGAACCUGAAGGACGCCAUCAGCUACGUGGCCGAGGGAGAGCGCCGGGGGUCCCUGGCCUUCAUCCGCUCCCCCAGCACUGACAACAUGGUCAACGUGGACUUCACACCGCGAUCAUCCACCGUGGAGGCCUCUGUCUCCUACCUCCUGAGGGAGAACGUCAGUGCCGUCUGCCUGGACAUGCAGUCUCUGGAACAGCGGCGACGGAGCAUCCGGGACGCGGAGGACAUGGUCACGCACCACACGCUGCAGCAGUACCUGUACAAGCCGCGGCAGGAGUACAAGCAUCUGUACAGCCGGCACGAGCUCACGCCCACUGAGGACGAGAAGCAGGACCGGGAAAUCUUCCACAGGACCAUGCGGAAGCGCCUGGAGUCCUUCAAGUCGGCCAAGCUGGGGCUCAACCAGAACAAGAAGGCAGCCAAGAUGUACAAGCGGGAGCGUGCCCAGAAGCGGAGAAAUAGCAGCAUCCCCAACGGGAAGCUGCCCACAGAGAUCCCCGUGCAGAAUUUCGCCAUCAAGGAGAAAGACUUGGAACUUUCAGACACCGAGGAGCCCCCCAACUAUGAUGAGAUGAGCGGGGGGAUCGAGUUCCUGGCUGGUGUCACCAAGGACACAGCAUCCGACUCUCCUGCAGGAAUUGACAACCCAGUGUUUUCUCCGGACGAGGCCCUGGACCGCAGCCUCCUGGCGCGGGUGCCGCCCUGGCUGUCUCCCGGGGAGACGGUGGUGCCCUCGCAGAGGGCCCGCACGCAGAUCCCCCUCUCUCCCGGCGCGUUCCGCCGCCUGACGCCCCUCCGCCUCAGCAGCAAGUCGGUGGACUCCUUCCUGCAGGCCGACGGCCCCGAGGAGCGGCCCCCCGCCGCGCCCGAGUCCACACACAUGUAACUCCCGGCCGCCCGCUAACCCUCUCUCCGCAGCUCCUCUCCGCAGGUCGCGGCGCGCCCUCCGCCUCCGGGACCCGACCUGGCACCUGCUUCUCUCUCCUGCAGCGCCUCUUCCUCCUCCAGGCCCCGCCGGCCGCACCCCUCGGAGCCCGCACCCCGCACUCGGGGCCGGGACGGGGAGGGGCGGCCGCGGGUCCGGCCUUGCGAGCUCCCUUGUCUACGACGCGGGGAGCAGGUUUCCCACUGGGGACCGUCGCCUCCCGCGGGCCAGGGCCUGGGGCGGGACCUCCCGCACCGAGGAGGCCGCGGUCCUGGGACCCCGACGGCGGGACGCGACUGGGCCGGGCCGGGCCGGGGCUUCGCUGCUGCCGCUUCCGCCUCCGCCCCGCGAACCCGGGUCCUGGGAGGAGCCCCCGGCGGGCGCCGAGUCUGGGGUGCGCGUGGGAGGGUAGCGGGAGCCGCCGGGCUCGGGGAGCGCUGAGCCCGGGACCGCCCCUCCCGCCCCGGCCCCG